UACAGUAUAGUACUAAUAUAAUGCUCCUCUGACAGACAGAAGCUGGUGUUCCAUGCCACCAAGGCCAGGUCUCUGUUUACAGAGGAGUGUGCCAUGAAGUACCGCCUCUUCAUCUCUAAGAGCGAGGAGUGGAUGAGGAAGGUGCAUCAUGUGAGGAAGCAGCUGAUUGGUCUAACCAGCCAAUUCAACAGCGUGGAGAAAGAAGUUUCCAUGGUGAUGGAUAGAGUUAUUAAGCUACAGGAGCAGUUACCUGGUAAGGUGCUACCUCUGGCAUCCAGUGGUAUGGUGAAGCCUCAAGCCUACCUCAGCCAGAGCACCUUGGUAGAGAUGACCCUGGGGAUGAAGAAGCUGAAGGAAGAGAUGGAGGGGGUAGUAAAGGAGCUGGCCGAGAACAACCACUUCCUGGAGAGGUUUGGCUCUUUGACAUUGGAUGGAGGAAUGAGAAGUGUGGACCGUAUCUGAGACCAUGUGGCCCCUCGCUACACCCUACACCUUCACCCAACCUCCAUACCCACCCUACACCUUCACCCACCCUCCAUACCCACCCUACACCUUCACCCACCCUCCAUACCCACCCUAAACCCUCCCCCCGACUCUCACCCACCUUAAACCCUCACCCAACCUCCCUACCCACCCUAAACCCUCACCCACCUUAAACCCUCACCCAACCUCCCUAUCCACCCUCCACCUUCACCCAACUCUCCCCCACCUUAAACCCUUACCCAACCUCCAUACCCACCCUCCACCUUCACCCAACCUCCAUACCCACCCUAAACCUUCACCCAACCUCCAUACCCACCUUAAACCCUCCCCCAACUCUCCCCACCUUAAACCCUUACCCAACCACCAUACCCACCCUAAACCCUCACCCCUCGACUCACCCACCUAAACCCUCACCCAACCUCCCCCUGACUCUCAACCCACCCUAAACCCUCACCCCUGACUCUCAACCCACCCUCACCCCUCGACUCACCCACCCUAAACCCUCCCCCCUGACUCUCAACCCACCCUCACCCCUGACUCUCAACCCACCCUCACCCCUCGACUCACCCACCCUAAAUCCCCACCUCAAUCCACUUUCUAGACCAGGGGUCUCCAACCUUUUCAAGCAUGAGAGCUCCCUUCAAAUAGACCCGUUGUUGCAACUCUUCCCCGGGUCCUUAGUGUACAAGAGACACUGUUUUCUGUCGAUAUACCUGGUAAAACAAUGGUUGAUAAACACUAAAGGAGGCCCUAUCAAAUCUGAGCUGUUUUUUUUCUCCCAAAUUUUUCUGUUUUCUCAGUUGAUGUAUUUAGUUUUUACUCUCAAAACGGCAUGUUCUGAGUCCAUGUCAAUGUUUAAAUCACAUCAGAAGAAACUAUUUUUAGGUUUGGAAGAAAACGAACACGUUUAGAUUUUGGAGUGCAAUUCCCUUCCCUGACCCCACCAGUCUACAGUCUCGACCCUGACCCCUACCUGACCCCCACCUCAAUCCACUAUUUAUUCCCUGACCCCUAACUGACCCCACCAGUCUACAGUCUCGACCCUGACCCCUACCAGUCUACAGUCUCGACCCUGACCCCUACCAGUCUACAGUCUCGACCCUGACCCCUACCUGACCCCCACCUCAAUCCACUAUCUAUUCCCUGACCCCUAACUGACCCCACCAGUCUACAGUCUUGACCCCUGACCCCUAACCUGACCCCACCAGUCUAUAGUCUCGACACUGACCCCUACCUGACCCCACCAGUCUACAGUCUCGACGCAGACCCCUACCUGACCCCACCAGUCUACAGUCUAGACCCCUACCUGACCUCACCAGUCUACAGUCUCGACGCUGACCCCUACCUGACCCCACCAGUCUA